AUGGCCAAGGGCCUGAUUCCACUCAUGCUGAGCAGCCCGACGUCGACAUCGGGCUUCGGCUCCAGGCCGUCCGUCUCCUCCAACAGGCGUGCCUCAUACUCACCUCCGCUAUCUCCGGCGCACAGGCGCAACGCCAGCGAUGUGACGCCCAUAUUAAAACUUUCGAGGCCACCCGUCAACAUCCCGAGCACGUCGGCCGAGUGGAAACGAUCCAUCGCCGAGAUCAAACGAUUUCACGUUACACGGCGGUUCCGCGCGUGUUCGGCACGGUGCAAUGAGAUUUUGACUAACCUCAGGAACACGUCCGUGGUCGAGCCAGCGUACCUGAUUUGCCUCAGCUUUUACGCCGCAACAUCACUCGAGAUGUGCGCCCGACCGCUCACCCCCGCCUCAUCCUACAGGAUCAGCCUCCUCCAGCAGGCCCGGGCUCACUACGAGCGCGCCGCAGCUCUCAUCCGGACGGCCGAGGAGGUCGCCUCCUCCCAAACGAGAUCCAGCUCCGCCGCGUCCUCACUGCCGAGCCUGCACUCCCCCUCAGGCUCCGUCUCCUCUCGCGCCUGGACCCCGGACUGCGGGGCCGCGACGCCAACAUCCACCAUCUCGAGGAAGUCCAGCCUGGCCCUUCACAGCAGCAACAACCACCACCAGGACCCCCGCAGCUGCGGCAAGGCGGUCCAGAAGAAGAAGCAGGUUUCGUUCGAGCUGCCACGGGACAGAACCCGGUGGUCGUUCACGCUGCCUGAGCCUGUGAUCCGCCCGGACUCGCCCACUCUGGGCUUCGAUGACGAGUACUUUGCCGCCGGCGCCAUGCGGCAGGAGCUGCCCGAGGUUCCGGUCUCCAACACUGCUCCCACCAGCAGCAGCAGCAACAAGCGCGCCUCCCGACAAGACUUGCCAGGGCGAGGAGAGCCCGCGCGGUCGCUGGCGCGCUACUGCGGGACGCUGGCCUCGCUCAAGACGCAGGUGACAAGCCACAUGGUCGCGCUCGACGAAAUCCUUGAGGCAGACCUCCGCCUGCAACAACAGCAGCAGCAAGAGGGUCACCACCAACCACCCGAGUCACCGGUCCUGCAGGACACGGCGUCGCUCAUGGCGGCCGAGCUGGACGAGCUGCGGAGCAAGGACCGGCAGGCGCGGAUCGACAGGCUCAGAAUGAGCGGGUGGAAGAGGAAAAGGUUCGACGCGAGCAGGUACGAGCAGCUAUGCGAUGUGGUCAUGGAGGAGCUGAGCCAGACCUAG